AACGGUGACUUAAAAAGAGUAAGACUAGUCAGCAAAGCUGCCGUCUACCAAACUCCUUCCACAGCCAACCCAAUCAUGAAUUGCUUGCUGUGCCAUUAGCGAAUUACCGGACCUUCAAGGAUUCACUCCAAAAGAGUUCUCCUAUUGCCCUGUACAAACUCGAAAUUCACCAAAGCCUUGGCUAAUAAUCGGAAAAAAGGCAAGUCCCUGAGAAUCAGGGGAAUCAUGGGUUCUGAUUCACUCUCUGCAACAAAGCCUACACCAAUUCCGAUACAAGAAGAAGAUCCACCAAGCCAAUCAGCCGCUCUCCUCUCCUUCGACACCGAUGACUCCGAUUCUUCAACGAGUCUUUCUAGCAAACGAAACACGUCUAUCAUCUUCAUCUCUCUCCUCCUCAUCUCCUGCAUUGCUCUCUCUGCUGCCUCUGCCUUUGCUUUCCUCUUCUUCUCCGCAACGCGCAGCUCCUCCUCUCUCGAAACCAGGUCCCGUCCUCUCAAAAAGCUCGACAAACCAGUUGUUAUCUUGAUUUCGUCAGAUGGGUUUCGAUUCGGUUACCAAUUCAAAACCUCCACGCCCAACAUCGACCGCUUGGUUACCCAUGGAACCGAGGCCGAGACAGGUUUGAUUCCAGUUUUCCCAACGUUGACUUUCCCUAACCAUUAUUCCAUUGUCACCGGUCUUUACCCUGCCUAUCAUGGUAUUAUCAACAACCAAUUCGUGGAUCCGAACACUGUUGAUACUUUUAAUAUGGCAAGCCACGAGCCUAAGUGGUGGCUAGGUGAACCAUUGUGGGAGACAGUGGCCAACCACGGGCUCAGGGCUGCUACCUGCUUUUGGCCGGGCUCCGAGGUACACAAAGGUUCCUGGUCUUGUCCAAAGGGUUAUUGUCAGUUUUAUAAUGGUUCUGUUACUUAUGAGGAUAGGGUAGAUACAAUCUUGAGUUAUUUUGAUCUGCCCAGUAGUGAAAUGCCUGUUUUCAUGACAUUGUACUUUGAGGACCCUGAUCAUCAGGGUCACCAAGUUGGUCCUGAUGAUCCUCAGAUAACUGAAGCAAUUGGUAGGAUUGAUAGGAUGAUUGGGAGGUUAAUUGAUGGCCUAGAAAAAAGAGGUGUGUUUGAGGAUGUUACUAUUAUUUUGGUUGGUGAUCAUGGCAUGGUUGGUACGUGUGAUAAAAAGCUUAUUUUCUUAGAUGAUUUGGCUUCUUGGGUUGAAAUUCCUGCACAGUGGAUUCAAUGUUAUACUCCAUUGCUUGGUAUUCACCCUCCUUCUGGUUAUAGUUCAUCUGAUAUUGUUGCCAAAAUGAAUGGAGGAUUACAGUCUGGGAAAGUUGAGAACGGGAAGAAUUUGAGAAUUUAUCUUAAAGAGGAACUGCCUAGCAGGCUACAUUAUGCAGCAAGUAAUCGAAUUCCACCGAUUAUAGGGUUGGUAGAAGAGGGUUUUAAGGUCGAGCAGAAGAGGACAACAAAAAAAGAGUGUGGAGGUGCACAUGGAUAUGAUAAUGCAGUUUUCUCUAUGAGGACUAUCUUUAUUGGCCACGGCCCUCAGUUUGCGAGGGGAAGGAAGGUGCCAUCUUUUGAAAAUAUUCAGAUAUACAACAUUAUUACUUCGAUUCUCAAGAUACAAGGUGCUCCUAACAACGGAUCUGAAUCAUUUCCCACAUCCGUUCUGUUGCCUGAUCUGUGAGUGUCUCCAACCUUUUAGUCAUUUUGGCA